AUGGAUAGCCUUAGUAAUUAUAGUAAUAGUCUUAGUUCCAGUGGUGAAAUUUCAAACAAGUUUGCAAAGAUCGGUUCCUCAAUCCUCUAUGGAUAUUAUGAUUACCUCACUGCCACUUCUAGAGUCUUACAUGGUGAAGAUAAAAUUAAAAAUACAAAAUAA